GAAGCCGUUCCUUUAUAAGGCAGCGCCGGGCGCCACCAGCUGAGGUGUGAGCAGCUGCCUGAGUCAGUGACUUGGAGACCCGGAGCCGGGCGCGGAUUCACCGAGACACCGAGACAAAGACCCUCAGAGGAGCUGCAGGCACCAUGUCGGAGCCAUUCAGGGACGCCCAUCAGAUCCUGCGCAGCAGCAAGGCCUGCCGCCGCCUCUUCGGCCCAGUGGACAGUGAGCAGCUUCGCCGCGACUGUGAUGCACUAAUGGCAGGCUGCGUGCAGGAGGCCCGUGAGCGAUGGAAUUUCGACUUUGUCACCGAGACACCUCUGGAGGGCGACUUCGCCUGGGAGCGUGUGUGGGGCCUCGGCAUACCCAAGCUCUACCUGCCUGAGGGGCUACGGGGGUGCCGGGACGACCUGGGAGGGGGCAAGCGGCCUAGCCCCUCAUCUGCCCUGCUCCAGGGGACAGCUCAGGAGGACCACGUGGACCUGUCACUGUCCUGCACCUUCCUGCCUCACUCACCUGAGCGGCCUGAGGGGUCCCCAGGCGGGCCUGGCACUUCUCAGGGCCGAAAAAGACGGCAGACCAGCAUGACAGAUUUCUAUCACUCCAAACGCCGGCUGAUCUUCUCUAAGAGGAAGCCCUAACCUGCCCACUGGAAGCUUCAAGCCCCUGGAAACAUGGGGGCUCCUACAGGCCCCGUCUGUAUCUUUUGCCUUAGUCCUUCAGUUUGUAUGUCUUAAUUAUUACUUGUGUUUUAAUUUAAACUCCUCCCCGUGUACAUACCCUGCUUGCCGCCACCCUCCCUCCCACCCCCAGCCUCUGGCAUUAGAAUUAUUUAAAAAACAUUAGCUGAAUGAUAGGCUUAUUAGACUGCUAGGUAUUUUUAUUACACAAACUAUAUUAUUUAAGACCUCCUCAUCCCCUGCCCUCCAUCCCUACCCCUGUCCCCUGGGUAAGGUGGGGCUGCCGUGACAUUACCCACUGGGUAGCGCUCUCUAGAGGGGCCUGGCUCCCUCUUCUCACUGUUUCAAGGGCGUAUGAAAUUCCGUCCCUUUCCUGGCUUCUCUGACCUGAAUUCUUUAUCAUUUGAGAAGUAAACCGAUGGCACUUUGAAGGGGGCCCAGCAGAGUAGGGGCAUCAUCAAAACUCUGGAGUCCCCUCACCUCCUCUAAGGUUGGGCAGGGUGAUCUUGAAGCGGGCACAGCCUAGAACAGGGCUGGGGACUUGGCACCCUCCUGGCCCUUGAUAGCCCACUCUGUCCCAUGAAGGCAUAGGGAAGGUAGGGUCCCGUAGCAAGCCACCCCACCUCCCCACCCCAACUGCCUCAGGGGUGCCAGCCUCAGCAUUUGGCCACCACCCUGUUGGCUUCCUCUGCACUUUUUGAGGAGCCCCAGAUGCCCCUCUUUGUGCUGGGCUCUGAAGUCCCUCUCUGCUCCCCUUCCCUCCCCCAGUGUCCUGUCCCUCUCCCCCCUGGGUGGCAGCUCUGGAGCUCUGGGGUGCUUGUCCCCCCAGCUCAGUGGACUGGAAGGGGAAGGGGUAUGCUAGAAGUAGGGUUCCCCAGUUCUACCUCAGGCAGCUCAAGCAGCCACACCUCCUCUUACCUCUUGGGGUAGGGGUCCUGGGUGGUCGGACAGGCCUCUUGGAGUGGGGAUCUCUCUCUGUUAGGCGUGGAGGGGGGGAGCAGAUUCUCCUAGGAGGGAGAGCAUGACACCUGCCCCUGGAACUCAGCCAAGAACUAUCUCCAUCUGCCCCACCCUUCCCCCAUUUCAUUGCACUUUGAAAAGCAGCUGAACAAGGAGACAGGUGUUUAAAGAUGGCAGGAGCAGAGGCGGUGGACAGGGCACACCACAGUGGGCUAAUACAGUCCUGGGAGUUGUGAGUUGUCUUUCUUGGCACUGAACAUUGAGCCCUUGCAGGCACCAAAGCAUUUAGUGGGUCCAACCCUAAACCUUCCAGCUCCUAUAACACCCUUGCCUGGACUGUUUCCUCUGACCUCCCCAUGUGUUAUGGUUCUCCUGUCUCCACCCAGACUGUAAACCUCUAAAGGGCAGGGACCAAGUCCUGCACUGCUCUGUGUCCUUCACAGCCCCUCCCACAGUGCUGGGUAUACAGCAGGUGCUCAAUAAAUAUUUGUUGGUGACAUAUUA